AUGUUUGACGAAAGUCCGGGAAAGUUGGUCCAGGAGUCCAUCGAAGGAUUUGAGAUCGAGGGAGAUCUCUACUCGAUAAACCGUAUAGAAAGAUCUAUUGCGGAAACAAAAUUACUUCGAACAGGAGCCAUUGAAACCCACGAAAAUCGCAUAAAACAACUCGAACAUCAACAUGAAACGCUACUCAAUGAGGUUAGGUUGCUCACCAAAGUAUCGGGAAUCAACCGAGAUACGUUGAACCUGUUGGGAACAGAAAAGUUGCCGGAAAUUUCCGAAGACAAUAUUUUUGCUGCUAUGAAUCGGAAAUCGUAUGAACUCGAUAAAUUGAAAUUGACGUUUGCAAAAACACUCAAUGAUCUCGAGAGCCAGUUGAAUUCGAUGCGAAUACAGAAAAGUAGCUUGGACCAUUCUCAUACCAAAUUGUUGCAGGAAAUGGAUGAUAUUGUCAGUGAGAACGUGAUGAAUAAUCCUGAUUCCAGAGUCAUGAAGAUCAAUAUCUACAAGAGCCUCGGAGUGUCAAUCGAACAGAGCGGAGCAGGAGACAAGAUUUUCCUUUAUAACAAGGAAACUGAUGUUUCUAGUGUGCUUGAUGUAUCGGACAAGUACAGUGAUUACUUUAUCACGAACCACAUAUGGGACCGGUUGUGA